GGGCGCGCGGAGGGAGGGCACGCCGAGGGAGGGCACACCGGCAGCAGGUGGGCGGGGUGCUGGCCGGCCGCGGCGGGCUGGGGGCUGCCGGGCUGCGCUCGGGCUGAGCGCGGCCGGCCGUGCGUCGCGCCAUGGACUUCAACAUGAAGAAGCUGGCGUCGGACGCGGGCAUCUUCUUCACCCGGGCGGUGCAGUUCACAGAGGAGAAAUUCGGCCAGGCUGAGAAGACUGAGCUGGAUGCACACUUUGAAAACCUUCUCGCCCGGGCAGACAGCACCAAGAACUGGACAGAGAAAAUCCUGCGGCAGACAGAGGUGCUGCUGCAACCCAACCCCAGUGCCCGAGUAGAGGAGUUCCUGUAUGAGAAGCUGGACAGGAAGGUGCCCUCGCGGGUCACCAACGGGGAGUUGCUGGCACAGUACAUGGCAGAGGCGGCCAGUGAGCUGGGACCCACCACUCCCUAUGGGAAGACACUAAUCAAGGUGGCAGAAGCUGAAAAGCGCCUGGGAGCCGCAGAGAGGGAUUUUAUCCACACAGCCUCCAUUAACUUCCUCACGCCUCUGCGCAACUUCCUGGAAGGGGACUGGAAGACCAUUUCGAAGGAGAGACGUCUCCUACAAAACCGGCGUCUUGACUUGGAUGCCUGCAAAGCACGGCUGAAGAAGGCCAAGGCUGCGGAAGCCAAAGCCACGUGUGAGGGAGAUACGGUGCCUGACUUUCAGGAGACUAGACCACGUAAUUACAUUCUCUCGGCCAGCGCCUCCGCGCUCUGGAAUGAUGAGGUGGACAAGGCCGAGCAGGAGCUCCGAGUGGCCCAGACGGAGUUUGACCGGCAGGCAGAAGUGACCCGACUCCUGCUGGAGGGAAUCAGCAGCACUCACGUGAACCACCUUCGCUGCCUCCAUGAGUUUGUGGAGUCCCAGACAACUUACUACGCGCAGUGCUACCGCCACAUGCUGGACUUACAGAAACAGCUGGGCAGCUCCCAGGGAGCCAUAUUCCCAGGCACCUUCGUGGGCACCACAGAGCCCGCCUCCCCGCCCCUCAGCAGCACCUCGCCCACCACCACCGCGGCCACUAUGCCCGUGGGCCCCUCUGUGGCUGGCCUGGCCCCUCCAGGAGAGGCCGCUCUCUGCCUGGAGGAGGUGACCCCCCCCGCCAGCGGGACCCGGAAGGCCCGGGUGCUCUACGACUAUGAGGCGGCCGACAGCAGCGAGCUGGCCCUGCUGGCUGACGAGCUCAUCACUGUUUACAGCCUGCCUGGCAUGGACCCUGACUGGCUCAUCGGCGAGAGAGGCAACAAGAAGGGCAAGGUCCCGGUCACCUACUUGGAACUGCUCAGCUAAGCAGGCCCCCUCCAGGCCCCUGCCCCCUCUGACCUGGGCGGGAGAGGACGGGGGGGGGGGGGGGUCGGCAGCCCUGCCACUUGUCUGUUGGUGACUCAGCUGCUCAGGGUGGGGCGACUAGCCCCAUUCUGUCCGUGCCCCCGGUCAUCCGGCUGUGCGGGGGCCCCUCCCCUAGCCCCGCUUCUGGAGCCCCCCACCCUGCCUGCAUCCCCUGAGCACCCCCGCUCCCCAACCCUCCCAGCUCCUGCUGAGGGGGGUGGGGCUGGCCGCGGUGCCGCCCUAGGCACCCCAGCCCCCCUGGGAAGCCUGGGGUGCACCCUUGGCCAGAGAGCACCUGCCUUUCGGUUGCCAAAAGCAGCAAGGUGGGGGAGGCAGGCAGGUGUGCGGCAGCCCGGGGCCUGGAUGCCAGCCCCUCCGGAGGGACCGGGGCGGAGGGACUGGGUGCUGCCCUCCCCCUCCCACGUGGGACAGCUCACGCCAAGUUCCAUGGCUCAGCCUGCACCUCUCCACGCUCACUUUUUAAACUGAUCUUUUUACUCUGCCUGUCUGUUUGCUCUCCAGCCAGUGACAAAUAAUAAACCAGCCUUCAC